AUGUCCUUCAGAUUAAUACCCACUAGAUAUUCUACAAGAUCAUUUGCCUUAUCUUACGCUACAACUUUAAAUACUUUUUCUAAAGCACAUAUCAUUUACAGACGUUUUCAUGACACACCUCAUACGCAAAACACAGCUACUACUCAACAAGCAUUGCAAAAUGACCCAAACCAUAUGAUACCAACCAGUGCGCCACUGGGCUCACAUAUAGCCUCCACAACACCAGCUUCUCCUCUCAGCGUCAGCCCACGUCUCUCACAUCCUGGCAAAGUAUCACCAAAUGAGUACCUUGAAGCCUUCAACAACAAGGAGUUGAUUUCCUUCUUUAUGAUUGGCUUAUGCACCUUAAACAAUCCUAUAUUGCAAUUGUGUAUCAAGAUGUUUCCCUAUGUGCCCAUGUCUAUAAUCAAGGCAUUAGUUUAUCGCAUCUACUGUGGUGGUGAAACGUUGGAGGAAGUGAGACAAACAGGAUCACGUUUGCACGAAAGAGGUAUUAACAAUAUGAUGAUUUCCUUGACCAUUGAGGCAUGUGAUGGUAAUGACAAUGUUGACCCAGAGUACAUCAUUGAUGAGACGAUCAAGUCAAUUAAUGGUAUUUUAGUGCCACACACUACGAAAAUGAUUGAAACAUGUGACAAGAACAUCAAUGAUAUUCCAUCCGGUUACGUUGCCUUGAAACCUACUGGGUUUGUCAAAAAUGCAGCACAUGUUUUGAGAAACUACAACAACGGAGAAGAAGCUGCUUUUGCUGAAUUAGUUGCUAAAGCUUCCAAAGCAUGUCAAGCAGUUUAUGAUGCAAACAAAAAGUUGUCUCAGAUUUAUCCCGAGAGAACCGCUCCUUUUGUGGUAGCUGUUGUUGAUGCCGAGAAAUACGAAUUACAACCAGGUGUUUACGAGUUGCAACGUCAAUUGUACCAAAAAUUCAACAAAUUGAACGAACCUUGUUAUGUCGUUGGUACUAUUCAAAUGUACCUUGCUGACUCUGCUUCAUUAUUGGCUCAAGAAGAGAGAUUGGCCCAAGAGAAGCAAUAUAGGUUAGGAUUGAAGUUGGUACGUGGAGCUUACAUUCAUUCAGAGAAAGACCGUGCAAACAUCAUCCACAAGACAAAACAAGACACUGAUGACAACUACAAUGCUGGAAUUACUUAUUGCAUUGACUCCAUCUUGAACCAGAAAGAUAAGGAAUCAACAAUCGGUCACUUGGUUGUUGCUAGUCACAAUGCUGACUCAUUGAAAUUGGCCAGUUCCAAAGUUUACACUCAAGAAAAUGCCACUAAUGUCAAUAAGAGCAACGUGGUGCUUGGACAAUUGUUGGGUAUGGCUGAUUCAGUGACUUAUGAUUUAAUCAAGAACUACCAAAUUGGAAAUGUUAUCAAGUAUGUUGCAUGGGGCCCACCAUUGGAAACCAAACAAUACUUGUUGAGAAGAUUAGAAGAGAAUGGUGAUGCAGUAAAGAAUGAUAAUGGAUGGCCCUUGGUUAAAGCAGCUUUCACUACUAUUAUGGGAAGAUUGUUCAAGGCCUCAAACUGA